AUAAACUUGUGACUUAAAUAUUUACGCACAGCUUGAAUCGCGAAUACUAUCCCGUCACCUUGUAUAUAUGUUUCAAAGUACUGUGUUAAUCCCUGUUAUUUAUAUAGUCUGGCAGCACUAAUUUAACUGAAUUUUGCGUUUGCGCAUUAGGUUCCAUUUACUCUGUGCUUUAUCUUUUUGUAGCAGAAUUUUUUUCAGCUACCAGUAGAAUUGAAACGAAAAUAUGUUAAAGUCGGAAGUACAACACCAAUACUGGAUAACCAAAAAGGUUGUGCAGCGCAAGCUGGGCAGCAAAGAGGACAAGCACAUUAUAUCCUCUGAUGCCGAGUUGGACGCUAAAAUCGAGGUCUUUAAAUCGAUAAGUGACACCAGCUUGGAACUAUGCAAAAUAAUUGACCAAUACCAGGAACGCCUAUGCAUAUUGUCGCAGGAGGAGUGUGUGUUUGGGCGCUUUCUUAAGGAGGCUGGCAAGCGAAGCAAAACUACAGGCGGCAGUAUCACAAACACGGGCAAGGCCAUGUCCUUUGCUGGGCAGCAAAGGAUGUGCGUACGUGUUCCUCUGUUGCGAUUGCAGCACGAGGUGGAUGUGUAUCGCUGUCGUGCAGUUAAGGAUACUGAAAUAACUCUGCAAACAAUGGAAAAGGAACGUACCGAAUACCGUGCCGCCUUGUCCUGGAUGAAGCAUACGGCCAGCCAGGACAUGGAUCCUGAUACUGGCAAAGGACUCGACAAGUUUCGAACAGCCCAAGCUCACGUGAGGGCUGCCAAGCAUAACUUUGACGGCUACUCCAUGGACUCCAUACAAAAGAUUGAUCUAUUGGCCGCUGCCCGGUGUAAUAUGUAUUCCCAUGCUUUGGUUGCUUAUUUGGCGGAGCUAAAGAACUUUGCCCAAAAAGCAGGCUCCACCUUUCAGACCAUCUCGAAUGCGCUGGUAGUUAAGCCAAAAUACGACUUUUGUGUGCUCAAGGAAUUGUCCCAAAAUGAGGGUGCCGAUGCUCCGGAAGUAACGCCGAUCGAGACGGUCGACAAAGACCAAUCGUUGUUCUUUGCGGACGAAUACCAGGACAAGCCAAAGUCUGAAUCACAGCCACCCACAGAAGAAACGCCCACGCCCACGCCAACGUCUACGUCUACGCCUAUGUCUUCGACUGUGGCUGGCAAUUUGUGUGGUGACAACGAAUCGUUGCUCAUUGAACUGUCAAAGCAGCUGGAAGAUAGUCCGCUUAUAGAGGCGCCUCUAUUGUUGGAUCCCCCAUUGUUAGACACCAGCAACAAUAACAAAUUCUGGGCGCGCAUGUUUAGUCAACAACAGCCACCCACGCCGAGCAACGCCCCGCCCGCCGCUGCAGCCGCUGCUCCCAAAACGAACGCCAAGCAAAGCAACAAUAGCUCCAAUCCCUGGCUAGAUCUUUUUGCUGACUUGGACCCGCUAGCUAAUCCGCAGGCAUUUGACCUAAAACUAAGUGGCGGAAGGCGCGUGGCAGAGCAGACAUAAGACAGAAAAUUGGUCACGGACGCGGACCAGAGGUUUCCUGGAUGCAGCAACUACAGCAGAAAACAUACACAACGGCCAACUUCAAGCUGAGUCGGUCGCUCUACUGUUAGUAUUAAUAGUUUAAUUUCCCUGUCCCUAUCGAUAGUUUUGGCUUUCUUCACUGUCGACAUUAGCUUUUUCACACGACACAUGCCUUUUGUCAAUAAAAAUGGAUUAUUCUUUGUUAAAAAACAUUUCCGUUGCGAUAUAUAGUUUGAGUAGGAGCAAAUUAUCGGGAAAAAUCUCGCUUGAAAAUUUUCUGUAAACGUUUGAAAUGCAAGCAAC